AUGGCUCUGACAGGUGUCUGCGAAGGCUGGUGGUGGAAUGUCACCCAGCCGCCAGAUGAGGUCCACACGCGAUGGACGCAAUUCAAAGCAACCUUCCCGAAGACCGAGGCCGAGUUUAGCAAGUGGUAUCAAUGGGGCCAGGAUGGCCUGGGAGCAUUUCCUUGGGGUUGGGAAUUUUCCGCUAGCCCGCCCUUGGAGUUCAAUGCAUGGAUGCUGCUGGAUACGCUAUUCGGAUUGGUGGGAUGGGCGUUGUUUGGCAGCGCGUGGGGAGGAGUUAAAUCAGGAUGCCGACGAUUGAUACAGAUCAUCGCGGUCUUGCUGGUAUGUUUGGCAGCACACUACGUGUGGGCCGUAUGCUACCCAGUGGUUUCGAUUCUGAUUGCUUGCAUCAUGGCAGUGGUGUGGUUGUUGCGAAGAACCCUGAAAACCAUCGGCACCCUCUUCUUCUACAUCCAACGUUGGACAGGAGGCGCACCCGAAGCAGCGGAUACAGAAUUUUUUGGUCCAGGAACCGGGGCUGUACCCGAAACCACGGUGCUUAGAGGUUUCAAGAAGUCCGGAGAUAACCCUAAGCAAGUGGUUGUGCGUCGUGGUGAUGAGGUGGCUGUUUUUUCAGUGGGAUCGGACUCCCAAAGCAUCAGGACGCAUGGCUUGUACCUUCAGGUGGAACCGGACACUGUACGUGGUUCUGCAAAUCUGGUCAGACGCCUGAACGCAGUGGACAAGGUACAUUUGUGCCGGAAUUUGGCCUGCACAGAGGACGCAUCGGAGCACUUUGUGGAGUACGGGGUCGUGAAGAAGUUCAACGCAGAACGUUUUCAGGUUUCACAAUCGCAUCAAGGUGCCCUGGCUUUCACCAAGCAGUUUUGGGCAUGGGCCGCCCCUAAGGGGCAGCGAACGGUGACUGAAGUAGUGAACCGGAUCAAGGAGUACGCUUCUGAGUCCGAGAAUGAGGAGCAUUUCUGCUGCGCGUCCCAAAUCACUUGGAUGACAGAUGAGGGUUUGAAGAGCCUCGCCGAAAACCGGUGUGGAGCCGUAGGUCAGCCGUUUCACCAAGCACUUGAAGGCGAUCUGCCCAACGGUAGCACUGGUAGUCUCUGUUCGAAGCAUGCCACACUCUACUUGUCAAAACGUUUUGGUGAUAAAUGUGGUGUUGUAGGCUGUUUCAGGUGUGGUGACAAGGUCCAAUCAGGUGUGAGGUGGUGUACCGACCAUUUGCCACAGCAUGGAAGCCAGCCUACUGCCCCUGCGACUCGGAUGAGAUCGCGCUCCAGAGCACGCCGCAGAGAGGAUGCUGAGGAGACCGACUUCGAGGCAGCUGAGGAGAUUGGGGAGGAUGAUGAGGACCCUGACAACGGAGUGAGGCCGGGAAGAAGACCAAUUGAGGAGUUGACCCAAGAGGGGGGUCCAGCUCGACGGUCAAGGAAAAGGCAGCCGACGAAGUCCCCUGGACACACUCCAAAGUCGAACAUCCAGCGGAACCUGGCCAGGAUUGAGAUGUUGAGUUCGCCGGGAUCUGAAGCUGAGGUGAAACUGCUGGACGCAUUCAUCCAGAAGUUCGCUGAUGGCCGCAUGGAAGGGCUGCGAGAGGAUCAGGUGAGGAGUGCACUCUGCAGGGACCGGGUGAUGACAGAGGUAGAAGUUUUGAGGAGGCUGUUGGAGGAGGCUGACGUCGAGAGAGGCAAAGGCCAAAGGGGCCUGACGAGGUUUGUCACAAGGUGGACGAAGGAGUUAGCCGAGAAGGAAAAGGUGAGCCCGGAGUCGGAUUGGAGCCUCCUCUCCACGGUGCAGAGCUCGCAUCAGGAGAGCCCAGGUGUGCAGGCCCCCCCCAUUCCGCCUUCCUUCACAGCGAGCAGCAGCCCACAGGAGGGUCAGAAAGAGGAUGGAUCUGUGUUCAACCCGCCCCAGGUGAGGGUGUAUGGGAGAUCAGGAGACGGACAGAUACCUUCUGAGGCAUCAGCGGUGAGGAGAGCAGAAAGUUUGAGGAUUGCACCUCCAAGCCUCUACAACCCAAAUGAGCGCAAGGCAGGAGCUGUUGAGGAGCCAGUGGAGCAGAUCGCCAAGGCGUUGCAGAACCAGACAGCUGAGCUGGCAAGCCUGGUCAGGCAUCAGGCCGAAGGGGCCGGCUCACAACCUGUGGGUACGCUGAAAGGCCUGGGGCGACAGUCGGAAGAGCUGGUUUUCCUGAUGAGAGCCUGCGGACAGUAUGACGUCAAGGUGGGCGAGAACGAGCAUGGCCAGGCCUUAGCCAAUGGUUUGUUGGCUGCUCAGGUGGGGUCGGCUACGAGACUUCGGAGCUCUGGAUUCCGUCAGAAGAUGACACAGAGGUUGGCGAUCGGACUAGCCGGGCCCUACUGGGGGGCACAUGAGAAGCAUGCCCUUUCAGCGGCGGACUUCAUUGGCUACACCGACGCGGAGCUGGACCAGUUUGCAUCGGAGGCCAGAGGACCGAAGGGAGGAGCGGAGCAACGCCCCCCGCCGCCCACAAGGUUCGAUGAAUGGGUGGCUCGAGUGAGGCGCCAAACGGAUGUGUGGUGCUUGGUGUAUGGGGCUGAAUGGAGGGCCGUCAAGAAUAGUGCCCUGGAGCUCCUGUCGGAAUGGCACCUGAGCCUUCCACAUCGGUGGCCGCUGAACGUGAUCAUGGACCUGUGGGAGGAACUCCAUUGGCGAUGCAUGGAGGAUUUCAAGGACCUGCUGAGGAAGCUCAAGAAGGAAGUUGGGAGGGAGACCAUGACGCUCUCGGAGGUGAAGUUUCAUGCGCUGCUCCCGGGACCUGAUGGGCAGGCUUGGUUGACCAUGCCGACAGUCUUUGACCUUCAACGGCCAGGAUCAUGGUUUCAGGAGGAGGUGAUCCCUCGGAUUGACCGCAAACAGGACAGACUGUUGUGGAAUUUGACGCUGGCGGAACCUGGCAAAGAGAGGAGACAGUGUGUCACGUUGAGCCUGGCUGCAGCUCUGUUCAGGAAGAAGGAAGGCCGAUGGCCAUCAAUGGGCGAGGCUCAGAGACAAGCGCAGGACAAGGGCAGUCUUGGGAGAAGCAGAGGAGAUGGUUGCGGCAGUCGAGCAUGA